AUGGUUCUUAAGGGAAGCUGCAUGUGUAAGGCGGUGAAGUACGAGAGUAGUGAAGAGCCGCAGGUGACAGCCCUGUGCCACUGUGUUGAUUGCCAGAAGUGGAGCGGUUCCGCCUUCACCUCCAACGCCGUCGUCCCUCGCGCCGCGUUCAAGGUCACUCAGGGCGAGCCCAAGUACUACGACAUCACCGGCGACUCGGGCAAGAAGAACAGGCACUUCUUCUGCUCCGGCUGCGGCUCCAGUCUGUACACCGAGCUCGAUCUCAUGCCGGACGUCACUUGCAUCAAGGCUGGCGGACUAGACGACGGAAAGGCGAGUCUCGAGGGAAAGCCUGCUGUCGAGUUUUACUGCAAGGACCGCGUGUCGUACUUGACGGGCGUCAACGGCGCCGAUCAGAAGCCUGCGUUUUCUUAA